UAUCAAGUAUUAUACAUCCGCGAAGAUGUGAAAACGUACUCUCAGUCGAGAUUGUGAGAUCUCUUAGAAAAUAUUACUGAGUGAAAUCGACAGAGUAUUAUUUAUUUAUUAAACAGAUUUUUAUUGAAAAAUUUUUGAUUGGUUGAGAAAAAAGAAAUACAAUGGAGCUAACAUUUAGGACUAUUGACGAUAACAAUGGAAAGAAAUUGGAUAAAAUGUUUGGAGUGAAAUCAAGCUUUUUGAGUGUUGAACCGAGUGGUUGUAUUAUUCCACCACACUUUGUUUUUUUAGCGACUAAAAUUCGAGAUAUGGAGGUUUAUGAUGAUGAUGUGUGGAUGGUAUCUUAUCCCAGAACAGGAAGUCAUUGGGCUCAAGAAAUGGUGUGGUGUAUUGGAAAUGAUUAUAAUUACGAAAAAACUAAAGUUCCGCUCUUAAUACGUAAUCCAUUACUAGAGUCAUCAGCAUUGAUGGUAACAGGAAAAUACGUCCAAUUUUUUUCACAAUUUGGUAACUCUGUAGAGAAUGUUGAGAAAAUGGCUAGACCAAGAUACAUAAAAUCUCAUUUGCCAUGGCAAUUAUUACCUCAACAAAUUCACGAGAAGAAACCAAAAGUUAUUUAUGUUACACGAAAUCCCAAAGACACUUGUGUUAGCUUCUAUCACUACUGCAAGUUGAUGCAUGACAUGGAGGGUACAUUUUCAGACUUUGCUGAAUUGUUUCUUAAUAAUUCUGCACCCAUGGGGCCUCUUUGGAAACAUGCUAUGGAGUUUUGGAAACGAAGAAAAGAAGAAAAAAUCCUCUUCCUGACUUACGAGGAGAUGAAAACCAAUCAAAUCGGAGUGAUAAAGAAAACUGCAGAUUUUAUGGGAAAAAAAUGUAGUGAUGAACAAGCUAAUGAAUUGGCAAAUCAUCUAGAGUUCUCAAAAAUGGCAGCGAAUCCAGCAAUUAAUUUAGAAAGCAUUUUAUCAAGCAACGGUGCUGAUAAUAAAUUUAUUAGAAAAGGGGAAAUUGGAGAUUGGAAAAAUUAUAUGGAUGAAAAGUUGUCUAAGAAAUUUGAUGAAUGGACGGAGAAGUAUUUUGUAAAGUUCGGGCUCACAUUUAAUUGUAAUACAUCUUCAGAGCCAUAAAACAACUUGGGAGCUUUAAAAGCUAAAUUGUCCUUCUCUGAAAUAUUUUUUGAAUUAAUGAAUAAUAAUACACCGAUUUGAAUAAAUUCUAUAACCUUAUUUUAAGGGUGUGC